AUGAAGACCCAACAAUGGCCAUGCCGCAAUAACCUUCGGGUAUGGAGGCACCUCCACCUUUUCAAUCAAAGACAACGAUGUCUCUACUCCUUCUCCACCACGGUUUCGCGCCAAUACCGCACACUAGAAUCUCUUAGUGAUGUCAAUCUCGACCACUUCCGUCAGACAUACUUUAUCCCAGAGCGUCCUAUAAUCCUCCCUCGCCGACAUUUUUGCACCCUUCCUGCUUUUGAAAAGUGGUUCUACUCCGCUCCGCCCGGAUUAAACGCAGCAUACCUGCGUCAACAUGGCGCCGAUGCCCUCGUUCCGUUGGAACUGACACAAGCUCCUGCAGACACCAUCUCAGGUACGGGUGAGCCUAGCUUUCGGCAGUUUCACGCGCCUCUGAGCUUAUUCCUUGAAUGGAUCUCUACCGCGGAAACGCUCGAAUCGCCGACGACGCGCCUUUACCUCGCGCAGUGCCAACUCCAUGACUUGCCGCAGACUCUCCGCAAUGAUUUCCCAACUCCAGAAUUAGUUUUGCAGGCAGGGAAAGGGGAUAUCUACGACACAAACGUUUGGAUUGGAUACCCGCCCACGUACACACCUCUUCACCGCGAUCCAAAUCCGAAUCUGUUCGUUCAGCUGGCUGGACGGAAGGUGGUGCGGCUGUUACCCCCCUCGGAUGGACAGAAGGUAUUCAGCUCGGUGCGACACCAAAUAGGCAAGAGUGCUGGCCGCGAGGCUACCGUAUUUCGAGGAGAUGAGAUGAUGCAAGGUGAGGAGAGGGUACUGCUCGAAAAGGCCGUGUGGGAUGAUGCCGCUGAUGACUUUGCUGAGCCCAGCGGGUUCGAGGCGCAUCUACAGGCCGGCGACGGUAUCUUUAUUCCUCGAGGAUGGUGGCAUAGCAUCAGGGGAUUAGGGGAAAGUGUAACUGCAUCGGUCAAUUGGUGGUUCCGAUAA